AUGGGUGAUCAAAUUGAUCUCAUAGACGCAACAUCGCAACACAUUAUAACUGCGAAUAGUUUUACGAAGUCAAUAAAGAUACUGAAAUAUACAGAUGACAAAAAAGGUUGUACAGAAGAAAAUGAAAUAUCUUAUGGAGUCGGCGUGGAACAAAAUAGAAUCGACGAUUCUUAUAUGAAUUUAAUCUCAUUUGAUCCUACAGGAACAAAAUUUGCUGCCAGUUGCUAUAAUUAUUUUGAAAGUUUAUCGUUUCUAAUUUACGAUAUUGGUAAAAGGAUGCGUGUCAAAGUGCGUUUAAACUGUCCGAACAGUAUUUUAUCGACAACAUUACAAAAUACAUUGCUAUCAGUAAUAGCUAAAGAGAUUAAGAAACGACGAAUACUGGUGUUGUGUGCAAUUAUGCGAAAAUUGCAAAAAAAUGAAAAGAGACCGUACAGGAAGAAGCAAUACUGGGUAGCACCAUAUCUAAAGGAUCGUCCAGAGCACAGUUUUUAUUAUGUGUCAAUUCCUAAACUGACCAUAGAGAAUGGAGUACGAUUCCACAAUUAUUUCCGAAUGUCCGCAACACAAUUUGAGGAAUUGUUAUCUAUUGUUGGACCGCUAUUGAUAAAAGAAAAUGUUAUUCGAGAGCCCAUACAACCGAAAGAACGUUUGAUGAUAACAUUAAGGUAUCUUGCUUCUGGCGAUUCAAUGACGUCAAUGUCAUACCAGUAUCUAGUUGGGGUAACAACAGUUUGUAAUAUUAUUCGAGAGACAUGCGAAGCAAUUUGGAGCAAUUUGUGUCCUUUGGUUUUAUUAUCAGUAUUGUUGGAAGGAGACUGGCUCGAAAUUGCAAAUGAUUUUGAAGAAUUGUCCAAUUUCAUUUACUGCAUUGGUGCUAUCGAUGGAAAACAUGUAACAAUUCAAUGUCCCAACAAUGCUGGUUCAACGUACUACAACUACAAGCAUGCUCAUAGUGUAGUAUUAAUGGCCAUUUGUGAUGCACGCUAUAUAUUUCGUUUUGUUGACAUCGGGGCGUACGGACGACGAAGCGAUGGAGGUAUUUUCGGCGACAGUGCUAUCGGCAAGAACUUCAAUGCAAACCGCAUGAAUGAACCAAAACCAUCAACUGUUGCAGGAGGACGAAUUUUGCCAUACUGUCUCGUGGGAGACGAAGCAUUCCCUUUAAAAUCAUAUUUGCUUCGUCCUUAUCCAGCCAGCCAGUGGCGGCUAUAUCGCAAACCAAUUAUUGCUUUCCCAGAGAAUGCUAAAUUGAUGGUGCAGGCGACGGUUUGUCUGCAUAAUUGGAUCCGCAAAGACGACAUUGAUAAAAAUGCAUAUGUUUCUGCGGAUAUGGUGGAUGAAAUUCAUGCCAAUGAUCCAAAUAGUUUCACAUCAGGUUCUUGGCGAAGAAUCUUUGAAGAUGGUUGUGCUUUUCGAAAUAUUGGUCAUUGUGGCUCGAAUACCAGUGCGCGAAACUGUAUUCAGAUGCGCGAUGAAUUUUGCGAUUACUUUUGUAGUGAAGGAGAGGUACCUUGGCAGAAUAACCGACAUAAAUAA